CUGACAUAUUUCCCUGCGCAUGCGCUAACCAGACAAACCCAGGGCUUCCUUGACUGCGUUCCUUAUGAAGAAGCAAGGGGUUCCCGGUGUGGUGGGGGCCACCGAUAGGCUGACCAAGCUCAGCUGCCUGAUUGUAGGGAGUGCUGCAACGGGAGGUAGGUGGCCGGGUCAGGUGAUCACUUACUGGGCGCUGUCACGUGACCAAAGCCUCCCUGUCUGAUCAUGUGACCUGUGCUGUGUGCCAUGGCAUAGUGGUUGGCUGAAUGAGCUGGUUGCCAGAGCCACUAUGUAUUCAUAUAUAUAUAUAUCUUCUUCUUUACAGACAGUGUACAAAAGGUUCUACUCUGCAGUAUGUAGAAUUCAUAUGCUUUAGGAUUCCUUACUCUUUACCACCCCCUAGUUGCAGCAUUUGAAGUCUACAUACCACAGCACUUUCAAUGUUGUACCCACCAAUAGUUUAUCAUGGGUCCUCAAACUCCGGCCCCCCCAGAUGUUGCUGAACUACAACUCCCAUGAUUCUUUGAAUUACAUAGAUAGCCAGAAAAUCAUUGGAGUUGUAGUUCAGCUACAUUUGGGGGGCCGGAGUUUGAGGACCCAUGGUUUAAGUGAUGUGUGUCCAGGAAAUCAGGAUUGAUAUGGCCACACUUUUUUUUUUUUCUUCCCCAAAACAAUUUUGCAGCUUAAAGGAAAACUUCAACAUUUAUAAGUGGAUAAAUUUAUUUUUAAAGCUGGCAUGUAAUAUAGUUGAUUUAGAUUAUUGAACUCCUGUUAAAAAAAAUAAAAUUAAAAUAAAAAAAGGCUAUUACAGUACUUCCUAUUGUUGACAGAGGUCUGCUCUGCUCCUGUUCGAUCAUGAUCAGUGAAGAUCACUUGUCAGUGCAUUGCCUUUCAUAAGGACACUGUGGGAGUCAGGGAGCUUGUGCAUCAAUCGCCACGUUUCAUCAGCAGAGAAACUGGUAGAUGUCCUUCCAAAUCCCAGAGCCAGUAAAGUAAAGUGUAGUUAUAUGGACUAGUGCUGUGAUGUAAUGCUCCUAAUAAAAUAUACAAAUGUAAGAAAUUAUCUACUAUUCAUUUUAACUAAACCAGUAAUGGCUUACCAUAGGCAUUCCAGUGAUAUUUCCAUUGUUUUCCAGGAUACGUAUCACUUUCCCAUUUUGAAGGGCAACACAUGAAAAAGUGCAAGUCUGCAAUAUGUAGAUUGCAUAUACUAAAACAUUAGUCAUUAAUUAUUUAUGUGAUCUCCUAACUGCACCAUGUGAAUUGUACAUGUAAUGUCCUCUGAAUCUUCAUAAAAUACAUAAGUGACCAGGAAGAGAUGGUUGAUCUGGCAAAGCUAACUCCAGCUGCUCUGGACUAAAUGUCCCACGAUUCUCCUUCAGUUUAGUAAAUGUGCAGUUGAGCAUUAUGGGGAAAACAAUCCACAGUAGUUGGAAUGCCUAAGGUUGUCUAUAAUGGAUUAGUGAAGGAAAAAUAGUCCUCAAAUGCUAUCAGUGAUCUAAAUGUCUUUAUUGGAACAAUAUCCAUAAUUGUUACUCGUUUCUUUUCUGCAGGGGUGUCAGCACAGUCCUUCCUUAACGCUUUCAACUUUGCAAGCUCAGCUUUCAACCUACAAGUAGCUACACCUGCGGUGAGCAGAGCUUCUUAUUUUACGUUAUAACAGAAAAAAGCAUUCUAGGUUGAUGAUGAUAAUAAUAUAAUGAUAAAAUCUUAAUGUAGUAGCCAGGCCACAAAACACGACAUUUUGAUUCACAUUUUUUCCAAAACAUGGAGUGUCAUUAUGUGUAAGACUACAUUGGGUGCACUUGAGUAACGUGUGUUUGAGAAAGAGAGAAUGAAUGAAUUGGUGUAUUUAUGUUAAGGUUUAAGAAUUGCAGAGGUGUAUGUGUAGCAUGUCAUUGUGUGUAAAUGCAGUUUUGUAUGCGGCCUAUUUGCCCUGAACGUUCCUAUGUCACUCAUCCCAUGGAAAGUGACAUUUGGUGGAAUUGAGUCAGUAAUGCUAUCCCACCUUGUCUCCAUAUUACUUUCUCUAAAUGUCACUUAACCUUCCCUUUACCAUGAUCACCCAUUGUCUGAUUGUCACUUCCUCUUCCACCUGGUCACAAACCCCCUUCCUCUAAUUAUUACAUCUUUCUUCUAGUUGUCACUGCCCUUGUCUCUAAUUAUCACUGCUCCCUCCUAUGUCACAGCCCCCUUCCUCCCAUUUUCAUCCUUUUUUUUUUCUCCAGGAGUGUUUUAUGAGGCCCCCUCUUGUUUGCCUGUAUUUGCCUGAGGGUGGAAGCCUCAUGCCUGGUCUCUAGUGUGAGCCCUACAAAGCUGGGCAUAUAGUUCAGGCAAGUACAAUUCUGGCAUUUUCCCAAACUGCAGGGUACUGGAUAUUGCAUCGCUCGUCACUGUAGCGUGAGCUCUGAGUAGUUAUUUGUUUUCUAUAAUAGACAAAGUACAGCUUUGUGUGGCUGUACUUGACAUCACUGUCUGGGGGUCCACUACUGCAGCCUCCAGACUCCCUGCCACCUCCUUUCUAACUGCUGUUUGUAUGUGGUCAUUGUGGCUAUGAUUAAUUUACAAUUCUCUUGCCCCAGCUCAAUUUAAACUAGCCAUGUGUGAGAACGUGAGUGGAAAUGUGGAGCCCUGAUAAUAUCACAAGAAAGUUAUUUACCAGGAAAAAUACACGUAAAAUGAAAUUGCAAAUAUUGUAGCCAGGAUCAUAUUACAAAUGUAUUCGCUUUUUUACUUGUAAGUGUAGUACGUGAUCUAAUGGGACCUUUGAUUCACUAAAGUCUUUUCAUUCACAGGGAAAGGCUCUGGAUUUUGUGGGGAUAAAUGAAACGGAUUCAAGAUGGUUUCAGGAAUUUCAGCUGAAGCCCUAUGCCAACCCUGCAAGGCUAGAAUCGAUAGAUGGUGAGACACAAACCAUGCAAGCAUCAUUUUGGAAAGUCAGGGCGUUCUAGCACCUCUAAAUAAGAGGGAGGGUAACUCUGUGAUGGUAGGAUGUGGAAGUCUAGGGAUUUUCUGAUAAUCUAAUUUUGACUUUUGCAUCCAUAUAUUGUAUUUUUAUAGAGAUUCGAUUGGUCCAGAUUAUGUGAAUUUUAGACUGGAAGCAUUCAUUUUUUUUUUCAUUUUAUGUUUUCAUUCCACCAGGCGCUCGAUAUCAUGCACUUCUAAUUCCACAUUGUCCUGGGGCCCUGACAGAUCUAGCAAACAGUGGAUAUCUGGCCAGGAUUCUACAGCACUUCAAAGCAGAGAAGAGUAAGUAGGAUGAAUGAAUAAAGGGUGACACACUGGAGUUAAUUCCAGACUUCAAUAUACAGUUAGCAUAUAAUUUAACACACAUUUUCCAUGAAUGGAUAAAACAUUUGGUCGUCCAAAUUGGGGGUGUGGCGGGAGAGGGCUUUGCUCUAUUUUUGCAUGCCUUUUCUUACUUGGGAAAAAAAAAUGUGGUGAAUUCCAUGCUUUUUGUAAUUUGUGUCUUUUGCACAAAGAAGAAAAAAGGAAACUAAACAAAUAUUGUAGUCAUAUUUUUCACUCAUAAGGCUCAGUAUGGAAAAUCUAACUGGAUUAAAUACUAUAUUUUUUGUGAAAAGCAACUACUUAGCUCGAUAUACCUCUAACGAAAACUUGCAUUUAUUUGUAUUUAUAAGCAUGCAUUUAAAGGACCACUCUAGGCAUCCAGACCACUUCAGCUUAAUGAAGUGGUCUGGGUGCCAGGUCCAUCUAGGAUUAACCCUUUUUUUUUUUUUUUUAUAAACAUAGCAGUUUCUGGGAAACUGCUAUGUUUAUAAUAUGGUUAAUCCAGCCUCUAGUGGCUGUCUCUUGACAGCCGCUAGAGGCGCUUGCGUGCUUCUCACUGUGAUUUUCACAGUGAGAAGACGCCAGCGUCCAUAGGAAAGCAUUGUAAAUGCUUUCCUAUGAACUGGCUGAAUGCGCACGCGGCUCCUGCCGUGCAUGCGCAUUCUGCCGAUGACAUCGCUAUGGAGGAGGAAAGGAGGAGGAGAGCUCCCCGCCCGGCGCUGGGGAAAGGUAAGAUUUUAACCCCUUCCUCUCCCCAGAGCCUGGCGGGAGUGGGACCCUGAGGGUGGGGGCACUAUAGUGGUCCGUUAAUGAUUUGUUUUUCAUUCAGGGUAAAUCAUACAUCAGCCUGCAAAAUCUGCAGUCUUUGCAAACCAUCCCCUUCUUCCUCAGCCCAGACUUUCUGUGACUUCCCAAUCACAGACUUCCUAAUAUAACUCAAUGAGAAGUAUUUGCAAGGCAAGUUCUCUGGGAAAUUGCUACUCUUGAGAUUAGUUUCACUGAGCUAACCAACCAGGAAGUAAUAGGAUCAGUUGUCUGAAUGCCAAAGAGGGUGUAACAAGGUUAAUUUAUAAAGUGCCGAUUUUUAUUGAAAUCUACACUUUUUGUAAAAUGAAAAAAGAGGACACACUCUUCACACACAAAGUAUUUCAGCAAACUAAAGUGCUUUAGGCAUCUGGCGUGUCACUUUAAUACUAUUACUUAAUAAUAAUACUUAUUUUGGAAAUCCCAAUUUUUGGUGAGCAAAUUGGAGGGAAAAACAGCAGUUGUAAGCUAAAUUUCGCGAUAAUGGGUAGGCAGUCUAUGACACUCCAGAUGUUUUGGACUACAUCUUACAUAAUGCUCUUACAGCCAUAAUGCUGGCAAAGAAAUGUAGUUCAUAACAUCUGGAGUGCUGUAGGUUGCUUACCCCUUUUUGUAGGCAACUGUUCCCCUUUUUUUUUUUGGGGGGGGGGGGGGUUAUUAUCUGGCUGCAAUAUUUAGUUACACUAAGUUCAGUUCAUGAGGAUUGUGGGGUCAGUACAAAAAUCACAUGGAGUGAUUCAGAAAUUCUUUGUGUCCCUAGGAUCACAUAUUUGGAAGAAGACAUGAGGCAUGAAGCCAAUGUUUAUGAAAGUUAAGACAUUAAAAGCAAACACGUGCUUCGUAUCACACUCAAUUUGUUUUUGUUUCUUGGUUUACAUUCCUGCAUAGUGUCAACUGUAUAAGGAAGGAGUACAGCAGAAUGUGGUACAUGUGGUGGAAUAUUACUCGAGAGCAUGUUCUGAGAACAAGAAGGGAGGAUGGGUUGGAGAAGGGGUAUGGCAUUUUACAUGUCUGUGUGACUCAAUUGUGUGGGAUAUGCUAUCCAGUUAAUAGGAUUUUAUUUAUUUAUUAAUUUUGAGAAAAUAAAGACAUACAGUAAGAUUGCAGGUGGCACCUUACUGCCUACAAGUGAGAUUACAGUAACAAGAUAAGGUAUCUGCAAGCUAAAUAAUUUAUUGCAGGAAGAAAAGAAAGAAUACAUAAUAGAUAUAUAUUGUAGUCACAUCCCACCUCCUUUAACCCCUUAAGGACACAUGACAUGUGUGACAUGUCAUGAUUCCCUUUUAUUCCAGAUGUUUGGUCCUUAAGGGGUUAAAGGAAACUGUAACUGCUUCCUCUCAUUUAAUUAAUUAUAGUGUCUAAAUGUCUGGAGUCCCAUGGCACUAUCCUUGCAUUCAGCUUUAAACCAUUUUAAAACAUUUCAUGCUAAAUGAGACUCCCAGUAGCCUAUCCCCUGUAAUGCUGCUUGGGCUAAUGAGGAAGCAUUAGUCUGACCAGCAAUGGGUGGCUUUGAUUGGCUGAGAGUGUCAGGUGACUGUUUUCAGUCUAUCUGCUUGAAUGAAAUGAUAUGGCUAAAUGGAAGUGUGCAAACCCUUCCUUAGCCAUACUUCCAUUGGGGCCAGACCGUGGGUUACUAUGGACACUUAUUUAGUAUUUGAAUGGAGGAACAGUGCCAGGGGUCUACAGUCACUAAAAUCACUCCAUUGUGAUGAAAUUAUUAUAUUACCUACAGUGUCCAUUCAAAUUAAGGUAGUUGCAUGUCUUCAUCUGUUAUAACUUUUUUUUUUUUAAUAGCGAGAUAAGCCAUACAGUUGCCUUUUGCACAUCCAGUGCCAGCCCCCAGAACUUGGUACAAAACUUUACAGCAUGACUUAGUAUUAUUGAUAGAAAGAGUAUGCUGCCUGAUUGGCAAUAUAUUAAUGGAAAGGUUUGCUCGCAUGUUUAGGGUGGCACUAGUCUUAAAUCAUUAUACAUAUGAACUUAGGAAUUAUUUAGCUUUUGUGUCUUGCUUGUCCUCAGAACCUAUCUGUGCAAUUGGGCAUGGUGUAUCGGCAUUGUGCUGUGCCACCAAUGAGGACAGAUCCUGGGUGUUUCAACACUACAGUCUCACUGGGGUGAGUGGCAACACAUGAAAAGAAGCUCCAGCAUUUAUUUUAUUGUUCAUUUUCCUUAGCUAGCUGCUCAUAGCACAAAAUGUAUGCUGUUACAUGUCUUGGGAAAUUGUGCUGUAAACCUAUUUUCUAUUUCCAGAGUAGAUUUUAUUUUUCUAUAGAGCUCUCUUGGUAUUUAUUAGGAGACGAGCUAUAGAAUUUGAAUCCACUGAGAGGUGGCAGAACUCGGUGUUGAUCAAAUGCUAUGUGGAGACUGCAUCAAAAUUAAUAGAUUUAAUGAUUUCAAAACACCAUACCACCUGGAAUAGGGGGUGCCCAAAAGGUAGAUUUUUUUUUUUUUUUUUUUUUUUAAACGACCGCUUCCAUGAUGCUUUGUCAUUCAAAAGCAUUCUAAAGGCAUGUUGUAGUUCUACAACAUCUGGGGAUCAACCUUUUGGGCAUCCCUGUCCUAGAACAUAGAUUUUAUUAAUUGUGAGAUUCAUCAUGGAACUGGUGCAGCUUUGUAUACAAAUAACACUAUGUUAAUUGUGCCUUUUUAGAGACAGAAAAAUCAAACUGGAUAAGUAGGGCUCAAAUACAUGUCCACUUCUGCUUAAGAUAGUGGGAUUGACACUUUUGAGUGUCAGCUGCUGCCAUUUGAAUGUAGUUCAGUCUCUAGCUGAAUUAAUUGUGGCAGCUGAAAUAACUACCAUCCUGGAGCUAUGUCUUAACUUUAUAGAACUAACCUUCAAAUCUAUGGUAGAUAAUCCUUUCUCUGUUAUAAGCCUUCUGCUUCCUUAGAGUUUAGAGCCAAACCUGGUAAUGGUUAAUAUCUCUCCCUCUGACCCUCUCUUCUUUUUAUCUCAGCCCUCUGUGUAUGAACUGGUGCGUCAGCAAGAUUAUGCUAGUUUGCCAUUGAUUCUGGAAGACUUUGCAAAGGAAUCUGGGGCAACAUUCAGUGGUAAGUACCACAUCUGUUCUUGAUUUUUAGCAACAUAUAUAUUGAAGGAACGUAUAGCCGAGCAGGCACAACCGUUAAUGACCUGUAAAUUCACCUAGUAUGUUAAAAAAAAAAUCUCAAAUUAAAGCAUUUUGAUUCUUCAAAUGUUUCAAAUCUUUGUCGCUUAAUAAUUUAUUACGAUUACAAUAAAAAAAAAUCAGUCCACCCACAUACUUUUUAAAUGCAUGCCAUUUUAUUUCCAGCUAAAUCAAUUUUCAAAGUGUAUUUUUUUUGUUUUUGUUUUCUGAAUGAAAGUGCUCACUUACUGUCCUGAUGAUGUAUUCAUUCCAUUUCCACGCAUGAGACAUCGCUGCGUCCAUUUUAUGAGAAAUUCUAUCCAGCUGACUGCAUUAAUGAUUUUUGCAAACAUUAAUUUUGCAUUAAGACUGUCAUUGAGUUUCAUUACUUGAUGUUCUGCUCAAAUAUUGGCUAUUUUCCAAAAGCAUUUUUACAUUAUUUUUUUUUUCUUGCAUUGAAAUGUAACUUUCACAGUAUAAAGAAGUUUAAACUAAAGUGAAAUCAAUUUCCAUCAUUACAUAUGUACAGGUUUUGCAGUAGAUCAUCUACAUAUAUAUAUAUAUAUAUAUAUAUAUAUAUAUAUAUAUAUAUGUGUGUGUAUAUAUGUAUAUGUGUGUAUAUAUAAUAAAUUAUGAGUUUUUAGAGGAAUCCUCUGCACUUCACCUUUAUUGAGAAUGGGCUUGUUAAUGGGGACAUGUAAAAGUGUCUUUAUUUCAACGUGUUCAGAAGAGGAGUUUAUUUUCUGUAAUUUAGAUGCUUUAGUAAUAUUACAUUUCCAAUUUUUGUCUUUGUGUUCAGCCAGUGAGCCAGACGCUGUCCAUGUUGUACUGGAUAGGCAUCUAAUCACUGGACAGAAUGAGAACUCAACAGUAGCUGCUGUUCAAAAUCUCAUCUUGAUUAGCAAUGGGAGGUAAGUACCAGGACAGGCGCCAACGACUCAAAAGUAAAUGUGUGGUUUUUACAUCAGGCUGUGGAGUAUCAUAUAUGCUGUAUACCAGGGUAUCACUUUAUAGCGGGAUUAACAUCUUAGUAAAUAUAUGCAGAGAGGACUAAAUAAAUAAAAGGGUUAUGAAUAUAGAGUAGGCUAGAGAGAGGAUGGUGACUGUAUGGGUACAAUAUGUACAGACUAUAUGGGCCGCAACUAGAUAAUUUAAAAAAUGUAUGUAGUACCUAAGAACCACAACUAGAUUGGUAAAGAGUGCAAAGCUGGUUCUUUAUUUGAGAGUUGCUGUUUUUUUUUAAAAUUAAAGCUAUUGUGUUAUUUUGAUGUAUUUGUUUUUUUUUAAUUGGUGUCCCUUUAAUAUUUUUUUUGUUUAGGAAAUAAUACCUCUGUCAAGACAGAUAGCAGUGACUUUUGUCCCCAAGUGGCCCAAAUAGCUUUUUGGCAAAAGAAGAACGACGUGGUCAGAAUGUAUCUACAGGAUCAGAGAUCCAGCUUGGAAAUACCAACUUAGCAUAUUGCCAGGAGAGCAGACGCAAGAAGGAACUCAUCCCACAUCUAACAUCACAGGAUCAGAGGGCAACCUUGUGAUCCAUUGUCAGUCAUUGUAAGAUUUACAUACAUUUUAUUCAUUUGCACCUACUGUUUUUCUACUUGCAUGUGUAUAGCACAAGAUAUUUGUUCAGUGUUUUCAUGUGAUCGGUAAACCAAGCCAAUAAACGUGAGUCGAGGUUGAAAUUCAUAAUAUUUUCAUUGCACCAUAAAUCCACCACACUCAUUGAGUAUUGGUUUUAUUUUGUGUAUUUUUCUAUUGCGUGGACUAUCUGCACUGCUACAGGAUGUACAUGAGUUUGAAUACAUUGUACAUACAAAUUUAGCUUAAUUAAGUGAUUUUGGUGUAAAGAUCAUGCUCCUGCUGUCUCACUCCGUUUGCCUCCAUGGAAACAAAGGUUUCAUUUUCAAACUGAUUUUACAGCCCACUGUGUUUACUUUAGAACUUAUUUCCUGUUUUGUUAAUUGUACUUUAAUCACACAAAAAGGAUGCUGCUGCAGGGUUUAGCAGCCAAUUAACCCCUUAAAGGUACACUGAGCACUAAAACACUUGCAGUUUCACAUAAUUCUCUGCCAUUUAGGAGCCGUUCUACCCACACCUCCCCUGAAUGAGAUUCACACAGCCUCCCUAUACAUUUCCUGAAAAGAGUCUCAAUGUUUUAGCUUACCUUAUUGUAGUGUGUUUAAUUUAGAAUUUCUUAUUUCCUGCUCUGUUUGUAUCUGCUACAUCAUGCCGCAGCCUCCUUUGUGUGAUUAACCAUCAAUUAACAUAGCAGGAUAUAAAAACUUCUAAAGUAAGCACUGGAUUCUGUAAGAUCUUAUUUAUUUAUAACAAUUUUUUUCAUGGACAAUGUGCAUUUUACAGCACUGGAGGUGUGGCUAGGGCUGCAUAAACAGAAACAAGGGCUUUAACCCCUAAAUGACACAGAAGUGAGCAGUGAGACUACAGGGGCAUAAUAUGUACACCAAAACUGCUCCAUUAAGCCAAAUUUGUUUUGGUGCUUAGUGUCCUUUUAUGGACCAAGGCUCUUUUGAAACAUGGUGCAUUUGUGACCAAGGCCUUUUGUCACUUUUGCCUUGUGUUCAUUCAACUAUAUAAUUUCACCAUUUCUGUUAAAGUGCACCCAUACAUAUUAUCU